CUCAGACAUUUAACAUUAAAGAACAUGUCGGUUUAUAAUUAUACAUCCGUCAUCACUGGUUUGCAAGACUGACAUGUUAUUUUCAGCGUCGAUUCUCAAGGAAAUACAUCGUUAGUCUUAUAAAUUCAAAAUGGAUCUAUCGUUUUGGAGGAAAAUAGUCGUUUUGGCGGCGGUGUUUCAAGUUUCUGCAGCUUAUUCAUCAACUACAAUUCCACCACCAUGUCCUAAGUAUCCGCCAAGGGCAUGCAUCUCUAACAGUGGUUGCAGUCAAGUGAAAGGUCAGGUAUGUGUGGGAGAAGAAGGCAGCCGGUUUUGCCGCAAAUGCCUCUGCAAUAAACACUCUGAAUGUAACGUCCAAGGCAACAGUCUGACAUGUAGUUGCUCUGAGGGAUAUACGGGAGAAUACUGCGAAUGUCCUCCUGUCCAGCCAGUAACCGGUUGUGCGGACCCGUAUUUAGUUCACACUACGGAAUGCACACAGUUCUCCAAUGAAACAGAAGAUUUUUUAAUAUUCAAUAACACCCAGCUUACAGCUGUAUUCCUUAUGGAAAACACUGCACACGAAGAAAAAUUGGAUUGCAAACAGCAUUGCCUUAACCACCAAUGUCAAAUUUAUCAAUGGAAUACAGAAACGCAUUACUGUGCCUUGUUUCGUUUCAACGAAACUGAUAUUUCCGCAUAUUCUUUGAAUCAGCUAUUUCACAAAUUUAAUGGCAUGCAAAGCUAUGAAGUAAGUAUUAGAAAAUGCGUCCAUUGCUAACUUUGUCGACUGAAAUGAGACAUCAAAGAUUUGAAAAAAAAAAACAUCUGAGUAAAAUGUGGAUUGUGAAGAACAAAAACACACACAUACACACAUGUAUAUAUAUGAAACUACACAAACAACUACUCAAACAUGACAUAUAAGUGUUCUCUCUUUAUUUCUAUGUUCCACUGUAUAUGUAUGAAGAGAUAUUAAACUUAUGCCAAAUCUAGCAAA